ACGAUAUGAUGUCUGUGGUUAGACCUAUUUUUAUUUUCCGCGAGCAGGAUGACUUUGUCUUUACUUAGAAUAGUUUCGUUUCCUCGGAGAGGCAGCGAGAAACGGUGCGUGACUGGUGAAAAUAUGCUGCCCUGCAAAGUUUCGUUUAAUGCAAAACAGCAUCUUAGGGGAAAACGAAAGAAAAAUGUUAGCGUUAGGGUUGGACAGCAGCAGCCUUUAUAACCAGCAGGACUGAUGCAGUAUCAUUCGUUUCUAGAGAAAACUUGGCCACAGCAGAACUGAUGCGACUCUUCACAGAUAUGACCGAGGUGUAUCAGGCCAGAAACUGUUAAAUACGGUGCUUUUUGGUGAAGGGGUCCAGUCUGGGAGGCUUAAAGUCCAGACAUGAAGGAUGAGUUCGAAGGCAAAGAAAAAAACUGGGACGUCCUUCGGAGCCACAGCACCUCCCUUCAUCGACUACCUGCAGGAUAUUCUACGUCGAUAUCCAGACGGUGGACAAAUUUUGAAGGAGCUGAUUCAAAAUGCAGAUGAUGCUCAAGCCACAGAUGUGGUUUUCAUCCAUGAUGAGAGAAGCUAUGGGACUGAGAGCCUUUGGACUGAUAAAUUGGAAGAAUACCAAGGUCCUGCUCUGUAUGCCUACAACAAUGCAGCGUUUGCUGAAGAAGACUGGGAAGGAAUUCAGAUGGCAGGGAGAAGUGUCAAGCGAAAUGACCCAAACAGAGUUGGGAGGUUUGGAAUCGGCUUCAACUCUGUUUACCACAUAACAGAUGUGCCAAGUAUAUUCAGUUCAGAGCAUCUUGGUUUGAUGGACCCCCAAGAAAAAAUAUUUGGAGAAAGACGGGGAGGUUUUCUGUGGUCUUUGGAUGAUGAAGAACAUCAGGAAGCUCUGAUGAAUAUGCAUGAUCAGUUCCAACCCUUUCGAGACAUAGUUUCACUUGUAAGCAGACAAGAAUGGUCAAAAGUCAUAAUGGAAGAUCAGCACUUUGAUGGGACAAUCUUCAGGUUCCCCUUGCGCAAAUCAGCAUCAGAUAUUUCAGACAACCUAUAUAACUCUGACAAAGUGGUCGACCUUUUUGAUAGCUUCAUUGCAGAUGCAGACUUGAGCCUUCUGUUCCUGAAAAAUGUGACCUCUGUUUCCUUGAUACAUAUCGAUGUACAUGGCACUGUUAACACCAGACUUGAAGUAAAAUCCUCAGUCCCCACAGAUGUCGUUCUGAAGUCAGAAUACGAUUCAGUCAUUGAGGGUUCAACAAGGUUCAAAUAUAUAGCCCUCAGCUCAGAAGACCACAAAGAAACAAAGUGGCUUGUGACAACGUGCACCAUGAAAGAAGGCAAUGUAGAAAGUCUUGACUCACUAGCAAAAAAGUUAAGCUUUUUCCCUCAAGUUGACUUGGCAUUCCCUUGUGGUGAGAAUACAGACUGUAGUGAGAGUAGACUGAGCUGCUUUCUCCCUCUCCCAAACAAUGAAUCCAACAAGACAGGACUCCCAGUCUAUGUCAAUGCAUGCUUUGGCCUCACAGACAACAGAAGACACAUCAAGUGGCAAGAGGAAGAUCAGAAACAUGACGAAAGUGCUGUGUGGAAUGAAUUGCUGAUAAAGGAGGUGCUCCCACAAGCAUACCUCAUGAUCAUUCAGGAUGCCAUCAAACUUGCCCAAAAAUCUGUUCUGCCUGUCUCUUCCGUGUACAAUCUGUGGCCAGACAUAGCCCAGAUAAGGCACAAAGACAAAUGGUAUGCCGUUGCUCUGGAUGUUCUUCAUCAAUUAUUCAGACAUAAUGUGGCUGUCCUCUCUCUUGCCAAAGAUGAAAAAGAGUUUAUCACUCCAUCAGAAGCUGUGUUACCCUGUAAUGGCCCAACAAGCCCUGACAUAUUGGCCGCCAUUAAAAGGACUUUGGUUUCCUGUGGAGAAAAUCUUGUAACUUUGCCAGGUCAUGUUGCAGAAGCUAUUAAUGAGGCCUACCCACAUCUCAACACCCUAAAACAUGUGACUCAAACUUUCCUAAGGGACAUUCUCCGCCGGAUUGGCGUGCACACUAUUUCUAAAGACGACAAACUCUGUCUUUUGGAGUAUGUUUUGAGUGAUGGAAACUACAAAGAACUCAAGGGUCUUCAGCUGCUUCCACUCAACGAUGGCUCUUUCAGAUUUUUCUCAGACAGAGAGGAGGACACUGCAUUGAUUGACAGCAAUGAAUUCCCAAGAGUCCUGCUGCCAUUCUGCAAACACUUUUUUAUCCCAGAUGAUCUCAGUCCAGUCUGCACUGCCCACCUGAAAGAACUUGGCAGAAAAAAUUUAUUCAAGGUCAUCAACAUUGACGCAAACCAGGUGGCUGAAUAUACGAGAAGAUAUUUACCACAGGACUGGAAGCAGAUGAGGACAGGACUUGUUAACUGGGACAUCAGCAGCAGUCAGCAUCCACCUUUAGACUGGCUCCAAAAAUUCUGGAAAUUUCUCAACACUCACUUCAAAGAGUUAAGUAAUUUCACUGGAAUGCCAUUAAUACCAGUCACUCCAUUGUCUGUCGGUCAGUCUGUGUCACUAGCAAGACUAGAACAGAACACAACUGUAAUUUUUUGGAAAAGCAGGCAGAUGAACUUGCCAGAACAAAUAGCUCAGUUGAUGAACAAAGUUGGUGCCACAGUGGUAAGAGGAAAUGAAUGGCUAAAACAUGAUGACCUAGACUCUUAUGUGCUGUGCCCAUCUCCAAGGAGUGUCUUGAAAGUCUUGGUGAAUUUAGACUCUGGGGAUCUCAUCAGAGAGCUCAAGACUGCCUCUCACAAUGCACGAGAAGAUCUGAAAGAGUACCUCUCUCAUCUUGAUUCUCUCUCAGUCACUGAGAAAGAUUUACUCUCCAUGUUGCCUCUGUUUCAAUCCAUGCAAGGACCUUGUGUUGCAGCUCAAUCAAAACAGGCUGUGCUUCUAAUUUCUGGUCUAACAGUACCAACGGAGUUCCCUAUGCCUGAUUCAGUUGUGCAGUGUGCAACGGAGGCUGAUCGCAGACUCCUGCAGCUGCUCAAAGUUAAUCUUUUGGACACCGCUGAAGCAGCCAGUCUCCUCAUUGACUGCAUUGAGAGGGGGGCAUGCAAAAAAGAAGACACCGAAAAAAUCAUGACAUGGAUUUUGCAGCAUGGUGGUAUACUUUUCUCUCAAAAUCAGACCUUGAAACGCAGAUGUAAGGUCUUGAACUUCAUUGAAGUAAAUGGAAAGCUUAAAAAGACCUCAAGCUUUUUUGAUCCACGAAUUGAAACCUUUAAAGUAAUUUUUGAGUCUGAUUUCUUCCCUCCACCUCUAUACACACACACAUCACAGAUGCUUCAAAGCCUAACAGAUCUUGGACUGCUAAAUAAAGAAGUAGAUGUGUCACCCAAGCACUUGUUGCAUGCUGCCACACUGAUUGACAAACUAAAAGUUGACUUUGAGGCCAUUAAUAGAGCUCAGGUGCUCAUGAAAAUCCUGGACACUAAUGAUCUACUCUCAAAGUUUUCUCACGAGCAGCUUCAUUGCCUCAAAAUGUUAAAAUGGGUCCCAUGUGCUAAACCUGGUGAUGACAAAGAACACUGCAAUACUGAAUCUCAGAUAAGUUGUUUCUUCUGCCCAGAUGAAAUAAGACAUUCUGACUACAAGGACAUUGUUGGGCAUGUGAUGCCUCUGGUGGGAAAAUUCAGUGACAGAGUUAGCAGCAAACUCGGUCUCAAACGCCUACCCCCACCUGAAAAAGUGAUGGAAAAUUUAUCAGUCUUGACAUUAAAAUCACAGAAAAUGUUGGAUCUUGACACUGAUGUGGAUUUCAAAAGGCAGUUGCAUAGUAUUUACAAACACAUGCAAGACCACAUCUCUGAAUUUUCAGGCAUGAUGAACAAGGAUACACCCUGGCUGUGGCGCUACAGCAAGUUUGUGUCACCACAGGAUCUGGUUCUGGACUACCCACGCAAUCUUGAUCUGAGCUCUUACAUUGGGAAAGUACCAAAUGAAUUUCUGCCAUACAAGAAGUUGCUCCAGGAGUUUGGCCUGAGAACUUUGCUUUCAGAUGAAGAAAUUGUUGGCAUUCUUCAUUCUAUCCAGCAAACCAUUGAAGGAAGGCAACAGCCAUUUGCGAGUUCCUCUGAGGUAAAAUUGUCAAUAGAAAUUCUCAACUGGCUGUGGAAAGAAAAGAAGACUGUUCAUGAUGACAUUCCAGUACCAGUCCUCAUAGCAGGUGAACAACAUACCCUUAAACCACUGUCAACAGCCGUGUUCUGUGAUGUGAGCAAAAAUGGGCUAAAAGAGCUUAAGUACUGCCUGGAUGAAAUUCAUGUUGUACACGAGGAAAUCCCAAAAGCAGCUGCUGAAUGGUUCAACAUCCGAUUUCUCAGUACCCACAUCCUUGAUCCAGAGUUAGUGGGAAUAGAACAGUGUGGACAAUCCGAACCGAUAACAACGAGGAUCAAGAACAUUCUUAAAGAGUAUGAUGAAGAAAGUGAUAUCUUUAAAGAGCUCAUUCAAAAUGCAGAGGAUGCUGGAGCAGAUGCCUGUAAAUUCUUGGUGGAUUUCAGAGUGCACAAAGACACCCCUGAGAGUCUCAUUGACCCUAACAUGACCCUUUGUCAGGGACCUUGCCUUUGGGCAUAUAAUAAUGAGCAGUUCACAGCUGAGGACUGGAAAAAUAUUGUCAGAGUUGGCUCUGCCUCAAAGGAAAAGAAGGUGGAAAAAAUUGGAAAGUUUGGACUUGGAUUCAAUACUGUGUAUCAUGUGACGGAUGUUCCAUCUAUCCUCAGUGGCAACAGUCUUCUCAUACUUGAUCCAAAUGUAACCCACCUGAAGAAGCUCAUCAAACAUGACACAAAUCCUGGAAUCAAGCUGGAUCUCUCUCAGCAACGACUUUUUCAUUGGUUUCCUGGUCAGUUUGGACCAUAUGAACACAUUUUUGAUUGUAAUUUCAGCAGGCAAAGUCCCCCUGAACCCUAUCCAGGCACUUUGAUCAAACUACCUUUCCGGACUGAAGAAGAGGCUCUCAAGUCAGAAAUAAGUGAAAAGGUAUAUAACAAACACAAUAUCAUCACUUUUCAACAACACUUGACAAAUGGUUCAAAAACCCACCUACUGUUUUUAAAGAACAUCAAUACAUUAUCUCUACAAAGUAUCUCAAACGAUGCAUCAACUCCACCAAGAGAUAACGAAAUAGAAAACAUCCUUACUGUGUCCAAAACAACUCUGAGUACCAUGAGGAUUCCUGAUGAAACCAAUGUGUCAAAGCAGCAUCAAGCUGAGAAAUCAUUGAUGAAACUUGAUGGAAAAUGCAAAGAGAUCAUUGACAGCUGCACAGUCAACAUUGUCCAAAUGACCAGUGAGCAAUCUGGUGGAACAGAAGUGCAGUCCUGGCUCCUGUACAACUGCUUUGGGACACAGCAGUCUUUGCAGAUGGCCCUCCAAGAAAAUAAGCAAGACAAGUUCUCUUUGCCCAUUGGGGGGAUUGCUGUGCCUUUGCAAAAAAAUCCAGAAACUGGGAGACUGGCCCCACUACAAACAGAUCUUGUUGGACAGGCAUUUUGCUUCCUUCCUCUUUCCAUUCACACAGGACUUCCAGUCAAUGUAAAUGGGACAUUUGCUGUGACAAGCAACCGAAAAGGUCUGUGGGAGAGUGGGGUGAAACAUCACUGGAACAAAGCUCUUCUACAGGAUCCUGUAGUGACAGCAUAUAUAACUGUACUUUUGGCACUAAAGAAAAUGUCUGAAAACAAGCAACUGGAAACUUACUAUUAUCACACAUUUUGGCCUGAUAGAGAAAAAGUGAGUGAAACUUUCAAGCCUUUGGUUGGUGCAUUGUACUCUGCCAUUGCUUUGAAUUCCACCGGCCCAGAGCUCUUUAGUGAUGGAGAAAACUGGUGCUCGUGGGACAGGGCCAUAUUUCUACAUGAGAGCAUUGAAGAGGAUAAAGACAUUAGUGAACUUGCUGUGCAGGUGUGCAAGAAACAUGUAAAGCCACCCAACCGUGUUGUUCCUCUUCCUGGGUGGUUGAGAAAUUGCUUCAAACAGUCUGGCCUCGAAAAAGUUUUACAAAACAGAACAUGGAACUGGGACAAGUUUUACCAGGAAGUAGUGUUCAACAACCUUGAUACCAUGGAUGCUAAGAGUAGAGAUACUCUUGUGAUGCAUGCUAUUGACCUUAAUAUGAAAGAAAUUGACGAACUACUGGUCUGCUUUCCAUGCAUCCCCACAAAAGGUGGACAACUUCAGCAUAUCAAGAAACUUGUGAAUCCAUCAGGCAGAGUGGCAUGUCUUUUUGAGCCAGAAGAAGGACGCUUACUUGGUGGUACCAAAAAUGACUUUUGCUCUCCUAAAAGGAUUCAACGCUUGUUGCAACUUGGAAUGGCAAAUGAUAAUCUCUCAUUGGAGAACAUCACAGAGAAAGCAGAAGAAAUUCCCAAAAUCUGGAACACUGACAAAAAGAAAGCAUAUGGGCAUUUGAAUUGCCUUCUUGAACUUAUGAAGCACCACAUGAAUGACAAAGACUCUUUCCACUGGGAAACACUGAGGAUGACUGAAUUUCUCCCAGCAUUUUCCCCCGGGGAUACCAAAAUGGAAAGAGAUGUGACACUUACAAGGCCCACUGAACUUUUUAGUGACAAAUGCUCUCCACUCAUCAACAUGACACAACAUGUGCUGGAUCAUACCAAUCUGAAAAUACACAAUACCGAUCCACUCCUGCAAAUUUUGGGUGUUCAUGACAGUCCAAGGCCUGAGCAAGUGCUUCAGCAGCUGCAAGAGGCAUGUGAGCAAUGUCAAUGCAUUGAUGGAUCCAUGCUUCACAAAAUAGCAUACGAAUGCUAUAAGUUUCUGAAUCAGUGGCUCUGUGAUUAUGGGGAUUUUGAUUUAAUUUUACAGAGGGCAAACUCAUUCCCAUUCAUUCUUGUUGACAGUGCAUUUGUAAGGGUUAAUUGUGUAGCUGAAAGUGAGCAAUUUGAAGCAAAACCCUAUCUCUAUGUACUUCCACCUGCCUUCACCGGUUUCGGGAGACUAUGGGAAUGUGUAGGUGUUACAAAAUGUUUUACAACCAGUCAGUUUCUAGCAGUCCUCCAGAAAUUGCACUCUAAACAUGGUAACAAGACCCUGCCAAAGAGUGACCUAUCAAUAUGCCUCAGAAUUUUAAAAGGAGGCAUAUAUGAGGCCAAAGAGAGAACAACAGGUGAUUGUCUGGUACCCAACGAACAUGGUGUUUUACAACCCACAAGUGAGAUGUUUUUCAAUGACAGCCCAUGGAUGCCAGUUGCUCAAGGUAUUACUUUAUGCCAUGAGAAUAUCCCACGUGUUAUGGCCCGCCACUUUGGAAUCAGAACUACCAGGCAUCAUACCCUGAAAAACUACGAAGUUGAGAGCCUUUCACCAUUUUCUUUUCAUUUUGAACAGCAGGAACAACUAACUGUUCGGAUUAAAAACAUAAUUUCUGCCUAUCCAGCAAAGAAGGAUAUCCUUAAAGAGCUUAUCCAAAAUGCUGAUGAUGCAGAGGCAACAGAAAUUCACUUUGUUUGGGACAAACGACAGCAUGGCAAAAAAAAAACAUUUGGGAAGAAAUGGAACCAACUGCAAGGUCCAGCACUGUGUGUGUUUAACAACAAAGUGUUUUCUGAUGCUGACCUGGCUGGCAUUCAGCAGUUGGGAGAAGGAGGAAAGCACAACUCUCCAGGAAAGAUUGGAAAAUACGGAGUAGGAUUUAACUCUGUCUACCAUCUGACUGACUGCCCUUCAAUCCUCACUGGAGAUGAACUACUCUGCAUUUCUGAUCCCAAUCAAAAAUACAUUGAAAGCUAUUCAGAAAAAUCACCAUCUGGCACUGGCUAUAAACUAGAUGAAACUUUCAGGAACAUGUACAUAGAAGUCUACAAUUCCUUUCUUCCAGACAAAUUUCCUCUUAAAGAGGGCACCAUGUUCAGAUUACCUCUAAGAACAGGUACCAUGGCAAACAGCUCUAAAAUAUCAGACCAGGGAGUCACUGACAAUGACAUGAGAGAACUAUGCUCUGCACUCUCUGAAGACCCUGAAGGAUUAAUUCUGUUUCUGAAAAACAUCUGCAAAAUAAAAGUUCAUGAAAUCAAUGAAGAUUCAAAGAAACUCGAAACCAUUUUUGUGGUUGACAAAAGUGUGCCACAAAAGGACAGAGAAAGAAAAGAUGCUUUUGUUGAACUUCGACAAAAUGCCCUGCAAUCUGACAAGCCAAUAAUGCCAGAAAAGGCCAUUUAUGGAACCACAAUUUCAACCUCCAAUAACAGACAAACUAAAUGGAUCAUUGCAGAACAGUUUGGCUCUUUCAAAAACAGUGGUGACAGUGAACUAACACUAUCAGACAAACAUCCUCAAGCAGCAAUAGCAGCACGUGUGGGUGCGAAGAUCAGCAAGACUUCUGAUCUAGCACAAUCUAGCCCCUUGGAUUUCAAUGGAGAGGCCUUUUGUUCACUACCUUUGCCAGGGAGAACUGGACUGCCAGUGCAUGUCAAUGCAAACUUUGAGGUAGAUUCUGCCAGGAGAGGCCUUUGGAAAGAAGAUGGGAAAAGUCACAAAUCUAGCUGGAAUGAGUCUUUGACACAGCAAGUCAUUGCUCCACUGUAUGCUGAUCUCCUUCAUUACAUCAGAAGUAACUUUCCAAAAAUUAAAGUCUUCUCUGCAGAUAUUAAGUUAUGCUUCAAAAGGGAAUACUUGUGUUUUUGGCCAACUGUCUCCAAAGAUGUUGGUCAGGAAUGGCAUGACAUGAUACAUGAGGUAUACAGAUCAAUCAAAGAAAGAGGCCUUGAUGUGAUUCCAGUAAUGAGGAGUUCAACGCGAAUAAUUGCAAAACAAGAGGUUAAGGAGUACUCUUUUGACUGGUGUGACAUCAGAGAAACUGAAAGGACGAAGGCACCUUACCUGACACACUCAGUAAGAGAUGAGAUUAAUCCCAUUUUGGAAGAUCUUGGAAUGGCAUUGGUUCCGUAUUCCAUGCAAAUGCAAAAGGUUUGGCAAAGUUUCCGAUCAGCUGGAGUCGAAGUGAAAGAUGUGAACCCCUCAACUGUGCGAAAAUUCCUGAGAGAAAAACCUCUCAAUGAUCCAACCCAAACCAAUGAGGAUUUACCACUGCCCAUAACUGCUACUCUAAUCAGAGAUGAGACAAGAUGUUCAAAGCUCUUGAGUUUCUGCUUAGAAGAUGUAAGCUUGAAAAAGAUAGACUCUGAUUUAUUCAAUGGACUUCCACUUCUUCUCACAAGUGAUCAAGUUCUGAGAGUGUUUGACUCCAAAACUCCUAAGCUGAUAUCAAAAUAUCACAGUCUGUUCUUUGACUAUCAGGACCAGUUUGCCGACCAUAAAACCAAUGGACCCCAUGUUGCUGUUCUGCAAACUUUGAACCUUGUCAACACUCUGACUGUUACCUGUGCAAUGAAAUAUCUGAAACCGUUAAUUCAGCAACUUCAUCAGAGCUGUGCAGUUGAUCCACACAGUGGUCUUCAUGUCCCAGAUGAGUCAGCGUUGAAGUGGUUGAAAUUACUGUGGAUGUUCUUAACAAGUGAAAUUAAACGUGCAACAUCUAGCAGUGAUGCAAAAAGCCUGACAUUAAGUGAUGUGAGGCAGCUGUUCAGUGACUGCUGCAUUUUACCUGUUGUGUGUCCAAGGCUGAAGAACAAGCGCUUCCUACAAACAAUGAAAGACAUGCAAAGUGUGAUUCAGUUUGCCUCGGACAUGGACAUAUCAGACAUCCUCUUUAAACUUGGUUUCAUGAAGCUUGACAAUGUAUUUUUUGAGAAGAUACAUGUGGACAUACAAGAUCGUUUACUUCUAUACCCUGAACUCAUGGAUGUGAAUGAUAAAAGCUGUGUGUUGAACCAGGUCUUCAACAUUAACCAAUCAGAGUUUUCCCAACUCUCUACUAAUGAGAUGAAAGAGCUGCAGUGUUUCCUGCAGUCUGGAGUAUCCAAGUCCAAAGACAAACAAGAGUAUCAGAGAAAGCUCAAAUGCUUGCCAUUAUUUGAAACAAUACAUGGUAACCGAGUGAGGAUUGACGCACCUAAAGAAGUAUUCAUCCUCAACAGCACAUAUUCAAAGACAUUUCCAGAUUUGUUCAACCUCCCAGACAGCAACAACAUUUUUCUCCAAAACAGUCCAGAGAACUGCAGUCUCUCUGAAACAUUGAACAUCCAAACCCUGACUGAUGUGGACUAUUUCAUGAAGUUUAUUCUGCCCGUUGUACACACACUCACAGAGAUGCAGAUGCUUCACUGCCUCAAACUGUUAUUGUCACCACAAUUCACAUAUUCUCAGUACAAGGACAACAUCAUAUCCUCAAUGAGGACAGUGAAAUUGAUUCGCAGUUCUAAAGGCAGAUUGGAGACAGCAUCGUACUACUUUGAUAGGAGUGUGGAGCUAUACAAGAAAAUGUUGCCCCUGGAGAGAUUUGUGCCUGAGAAAUUUUGGACUGAGUUGUGUGAAGGACAUUUACAAGCAACAAUACAACCAGAAAAGUUACUCAGAGAACUUGGAAUGAAGCAUGUUGUGUCAGAAGAUGACAUAAUAAAUUUUGCAUACCAGUUAGAAUCUGAAGCAAAAGGAAACAGUCCCCUGAAAGAGUUGAAGCAGAAAUCAUCAUUACUUCUCGAAGCAGCCUUGACUACAGUGAGUAAUGGCAAAAACAAAGAUGGAAAGUUACUGCAGAGCAUAGCUGACAUCAAGUUCAUCUUCCCUGUGAAAAUUCGUAAAGAACUGUGCGACUACCACCAACCAUUUGCUGCUGAGAAUACUGCUGUUAAAAUCAGAGGAUCUUUGAUGGAAAGUGGUCCUGAGCAUCAAGAACUGAUUUGGUCUUCAAUGCCAAUUAUACAUCUACGGGCUUAUAGGUCACAGCAGCUCCUAAAAAUGAUGAAAAAUGCUGGAGCGCACGAACAUCCACCUUCACACUGCGUAACCAGUAACUUGAGCAACAUCUGUCAGUCACCCUGUAAAACUGGCCAGUUGAUCCAAACCCGUGCUAACGUGUUUCGAAGUGCAUAUAAAUACCUUCAAGCAAACGGGUUUGAAGGCCAGCAGUUGGCUGGUCUUCCUGUUGUGUUGGUUGAAAAAGACAAAGAACUUGUCAAGACUGAAGAUGCGUGUUUUUCACUCCCCCGUGGCUGUGAGUUCAGACCGUAUUUGUACAACAUUUCUUCAAAGGAUCUCAUGUUCGAAGACUUCUUCCGGAAAAUUGGUGUAAAGGACGAACCUACUGCAGUGCAGUACUGUAAUGUUCUGGCAGCAGUUUAUGCUGAUUCCUCUGAUAGACCACAGCUAAACCCAAACCAACAGAAAACCGUGAAACGUGCUGUUGAGCAGUUAUUCAAGAUAAUCAGAACACAAGGAAACCAGUUUUCUGUUGAUGAUGUGAAGACUUUGUAUCUUCCUGCAGUAGAUGGUAAAUUAUAUCCAUCAUGUACGCUCUACUACAAUGAUACAGGGUUUGAGACCAAAAGGUUGGAAAAGGCGCUGGAGAAUAAGUUCCUGUUGCUUGAGAAACUCAGUGAAUGUCAUUUAGGCAGUGAUGUCUAUCUGCAUCAUCAGUUGUUGCAAUUGCUGCCUCAGAAAUUUGCGCCUAAAAUGCUAUCUCAGUUCACAGAGGAGAAAGUAGUUGAAUUACACAUGCAGCUUUGUGAGUUUGAGGACGACUGUGAAUUUAGUGGACUGUUUGGGAAACAUCUGUCCUCAGCAGCAUUUACACAUGGACUCAUUUGUCUCAUCAGAGAGCAGUCUCAGGGAGAAAUAACACAAGAAGAUGCUAUUGAAAUGUGCAAGAAUACUUUUGGCAGUAUUCAGAUUGUCUGCUGCAAAAGUCUGACAACAGAAAUUUGGGUCAAUAAACAGCCACUACACAGAACUGCCACUGAAACCAAUGUUUUUGUCAAACAAGGGCAACAAGGUUGCAUCUUUUACCUGAAACACAAUGAUAACAUGGUUUACAAGGUGAUUAAUGACAUCAACAUGACAUUAACAAAGGAGAUUAAUGCUCUUUUAGGCAACAGACUGGAAUCAGUUCACCUCCUAGUCCUUGGACAACUUCUGACGUGUGAUAGCAUGCAAGAUGUUCUGGAAAUUCUGGGGAAAAAUGGGAUCCGUGACAGUGCUGAAACUGAAAGCUUAUUCCUCAGUCCACCAGCUCCUGGAACAGAAAUUCCAAAGGAAUGGCAUGAUUCCUUAAACCAGGACAUCCUUAAUAACUUUGAAGAGGGUGAAUAUGUUGGCUACAGCACUGACAAUAAGUACUAUAUUUAUGCAGUUAUUGUUGAAGAACUGCCUGGACACUCUGGACCGUAUUCAGUGAGAUACAAAAUAGAAAUUGGACAAGAAGAGCUAAUUGAAGUCAGUUGUCUUGACCUUUUUCAGUUUAAAAGACAGAAGAGGCAAGAACCCGGAGGGAGGACUAGCACAUCUGCUGAAGCUCCUUGCAUGGAGCUGGUGCCACUAGCAGGAUCUGUGCCACAUUCUUCCCAAUCAUCUGCUACAAGUUCCUCAUCUAAGAGAUCCUCACCAGCCUCUAUUGACGAAGCUAAAAGGGAAAUUGACAAAUGUUUGUCAGAGAUCUGGACUCUUCCCAAGGAGGAGAGGCACAAAGCCAUCAAACGACUGUACCUUAGAUGGCAUCCUGACAAAAACCCAGACUGCCCACUACUGGCCACUGAGGCAUUCAAAUACUUGCAGAAUCGAAUUGAUGAACUCAGCAGAGGCAAAGGCAAAAGCACAAGAACAGGCACAGGCGGAACUGCAGGCUCGUCCUAUUCAAGUGGAAACUCAAAUUUCAGCAACUUCUAUCAGCAAUGGGAUCAGGAGGCCAGGCAUCACAGAGAUGGGAGAGAGAGAUUCUUUAGGAGAAACCGCUCCUACAACUUUUGGACCCAUAAUGAAAAUGUUCCAAGGCCAAACAAAGAGGAGGCCCAACGCUGGUGUAGGCAAGCUCGCUGUGAUCUCAACGCAGCUUACCAAGAUGUUGGUACGGCCAGCACAGAGUGGUGUCUGUUCAAAAUCCAUCAAGCAGUGGAAAAGUCUCUCAUAGCUGCAAAGUAUAAAAGAAAUGGUGAAGGUCCCACCGGCACCUCUAUUUCAGGCCUUGCUUCACAAGUUUACCUCUACAGCCCUCAACUGAGAGAUCUGCCUCAAAUUGUGGCGGAUCUGAAGAUACUGGGAGUGGAUGCCAAAAAGACUCAGUAUCCAGAUUGCCAUCCACUGCCACAUAUUCCAAACGAACAGUUCAAAUCAGAGAAUGAAAUGUUAGCAUUGGACAAGGCAUCUGAGCUUCUCCUAAAAGUAGAAGCAUAUGUAAAUUAGGGAUUGAAGAACAACAGACAUGCCAUGGUUGCAGAGUCAAUUUAAGAAUUUUUGACAUGUUAAAAAUACUUUUAGUCAUAUUUUGAAAUAUUACAUUAAAAAUAAUAACAGUAUCACUUCUUUAACAGGACAGACAUUAGCAUGAUAUGUCUAGCCUAUUUUAUGAGUCAUUGCUGAAGACUAAUAUGAAUUUUACUAUAUAUUAUGAAAAUGUAAAUAUCAAAGAUUUUUGUGCAUUGUUGUCGACAUUUAUGAAAACUCACGGUUAAUGAGACUACUUUUUUGUUGAGAAAAUUUAUAAGCAAUGUCAUUUCUGUAUUACUUUGUCAUGAAAAUAUAAAUAUUAGUGGAUUUUUUAGUUGCAAUGUUUUAAAUAUUUAUAAUUGUUUACUGAGGACAACAUGAUCUAGAACUUAUUCUCUAAAUGAAACAGGAAUAUUUUGUUUGUUUUUCACAACAGUGUAAACAUUUAUGGCCAUCUAUAAGUCACUAAUAUAAAUUUUAUAUUAAUUUGUUAUGACAAGGCAAAUAAUAUUAUAAAAGUUUCAAUGUUAUAUUCAAUAAGGGCAAUUUAAUCUGAAUAGAAUUUAUUGUAAAAAAUGAUGAGAAAUGAACAGAUUUGUAUUUUCAAUAUUGUAAACAUGUAUCACUACUCACUAAUGACCAAUAUAGUCACUGUAUUACUUUAUUAUGAAAAUGCAACUUACGUUUUGUUGUUGCUGUUAUUUUGCAACGUUGUAAACAUUUAUAACCACACAUUGAGCAGCCAUUUUCUGUAUUACUUUGUUAGAAAAACACAAAUGAGAGAGUUUUUUUAAACAAUUUUUUAAAUGUACAAUUACUCACUGAGGACCAGUAUGAUUUCUGUAUGACUUUGUUCCCCGCUGGUUUAAAAGCAUCUUUGCAAAGAAAUGAAGGUGAAGGUAGCCAGCUGGCUGACACUGCUAUAUUUACAGAUAAGUUUAUGAAAGUGUAUUUUCUUAAAUUCUUUUUUCCAGGAAAAAUAAAAUGUUAUGUUUGUUA